AGGAUGGGAUGCCGGGGAGGAGAGCAAAGGAGACUGGGCGUUUUCGUUUGAAAAUGUGAUUUUGUUGAAAGACAUAUUUCGGGGUAGGCCAAGAACACGUGAUGGGCGUGGGCGAUAAUGUUAACAGACGAUAAAUUUUAAAGACAAUCAGGACAAGGAGCUAAAGCGAACGCGAAGUGGUUGAGUACAGAUUCCCAAUGAUUGCCUGGCUUUCAUUGAAGAUUGUCCAGUUUUCGUGUGGUGAGUUCAUCACCAACUUUUAACGUGCAAAUGUUUUUUGGUGGCGUAGAAAAAGUAUAAAAACUGAGUCAAGGAAUAUCUAACGCACGAGCCCAUUUAAAUUUUUUAGAUUAUCAUGACUGUUAGUGCAUAUGAAUACCGUAACAUAUUUAGGUUUCAUGGAGUUCAUUUGAAAUUAGAGGUCACCACAAAUUUGUAAGGCAAAUAAGGUCUUCCAAUAUUUUUAAAAGGUCCCAAAAACAGUAUCCAAACAACAAUGCACGGACAGUCACAAACCUAUUCUCGUUCACCUACCAAACAUGAUGCAUCUACUCAAAGUCCAAAGCAUAAAGGUGGCACACAGAGCCACCACUCAGGGAGUGCACUUUCAACACUGCUGGGACAGCCAGUACCUCAAAGUGCUUCCAUGUCCAGAUCUAUUCCUACGGCAAGGACUCGUCGUACAGGGGGCUCAAGUAGCGCUGGCGGUAGUGCCUCAAGCAGCCGCCAAGGAAGCCGUGCCAACAGUCCUUUAGAUCUACCCAUGGAGACAUUGCAGUCGCUGAGUGCAGUGUACAAUCUAGGACAGGGAACAUACCUGGAACCUGGAUAUGCCACAAGCCCAAUCCCUUCUCCUUCCAGCAGGAGCCCGUAUCAAAGCCCUACCCACAGCAGUAGAUCCAACAGCACAGCAAGCAUGAAGAAUCUGGUAAGGGAUCGUUCAGCUGAUCGUUUGUCUGAAAGAGAAGCCCUUUUCUUGCAACAAGAGCGAAAUAGUACAGCAUCGCUGGAUAGACAUGGAUACGUGCGUGAGAGUUUACCUCGUGAAAGACGUGGAGCCGCUCUACGUGAUCGUUCUUUGGACCGUGACUACCCCUAUAUGGGGGCGAGAUCUUUGGAACGCGACUAUGCCCAUCACAAAGUCAGCCGAUCAAGGUCUAUAGAGCAGGAGUCAACUUUAGAGCAGCAACUUAGUCAACUUAGUCAACUUUCAACAAGUCUACCAUCAAAGUCUCAGGCUGAACUGAACAGUAUGCUUCACCCAUCAUCACACAGGGAUCUUGAUGCUCGUUUAGGGGUCCAUGAACUCCAGGCACAACUAUCUGAUGCUAAUCGGGAAAGUGCAAACUUAAUGAGGGACUUGGAUGCUACCAAAGAAAAACUCAGCUCCUGUAUGAACAGUAUUAAAACUUUUUGGAGUCCUGAACUAAAAAAAGAAAGAACGUUAAGGAAAGAGGAAAACUCCAAAUAUAAUACUCUGAAUGAACAGUAUAAAGUGGCUCAAGCAGAGAUUCAGCGACUCUUGUCAAGAGUAAGGGAAAUCGAGGAAAGUGGGGGUCAUCAGAGCGGUAGUUUAAGUCGGCAUAAUGGAAGCCUGUCCAGCCAAAUUUCGGACCCAGACCUCACAGAUACUCUCAAACGAGACAAAGAGAAACAGAUCAAAGAAAUCAAAAUCUUACGCAAGACUGUUGAGGAGAUGGAGUUACGUAUUGAAACACAGAAACAAACACUAAAUGCAAGAGAUGAAAGCAUAAAGAAACUUCUAGAAAUGCUCCAGAGCAAAGGGUUAGGGGUGAAGCAAUUAGAGGAUGACCGAUUGCAGAUGGAGAAACUUCGCACACAGGUUAUUGAGGAUGAACAGCGAAUGAAGCACACAGAUCGUGUUUUGACACAAAAGGAAAAGGAAAUAUCUGCCUUAAAAGAUGAGCUUGCCAACGUUAGAGACAAGCUCCAUGAUGCUCAAAUACAACUUCAGUCCCAGCCUGCCAACACUGCAUCUAUGCAAGCCAUGCUGGAGGCCAAGAUUCAAGACCUGCGCGAGAGGCUGCGAGAAAAGGACUCUGGGAUAGAGAAGAAGAGCAAGCAGGUGCAGUCUGCACAGGCAGACAAGCGAAGGACAGAGACUGAGAUUGCAGAGCUGAAGGAUCAUCUGGACAUCAAGGACAGAAAAGUAGUCGUCUUACAGAGAAAGAUAGAGAACUUGGAAGAAACACUUGCAGAGAAAGAGAGUCAGCUGGUGUUACUGCGAUCACAACUUGAGACCCUUCCACUGGAACAGAGCUCACAUGAAACUGCCAUUGCAGCAUUACAUGAAGCAAUUGCAGAAAAAGAAAGACAGAUUGAUAGACUGAAAGAGCAGAGGGAAAAAUCAGACACUGAACAUCAAGAGGAGUGUGAAGUCUUCCUUAAACAGAUUGCUGAACUAAAGUCACGCCUUGAGACACUCCAGUCAGAACUCACCGACAAACAGACAGAACUCUUCAGCUUGCGAGAAGAAACAUCUGUGUUGACAGACAAAUUCCAGGCAGAGUCCCAUCUCAAACAAACUCAGCUGGAACUGAUGCAAAUGUCACAGGACCUGGAAGCUUUAAAAGCACAACAAAUUCAGGUGGAACAGGAACGACAGGCAAUGGUGUCUCAUGAGACCCAGACGAGCGAAGAGCUCAGACAGACUGACCAGAAGGUAACGGAGCUGACCGCCACUGUGGACGGUUUGAGAGAAGAGCUGACCAAAAGCCAGACUGAGCUAGACAGACUUUUGGAGAUCCUCAAGGUGGCAGAGAAUGAGAAGCACAGCAAAGAUGAAACCAUUAAAGACUACAAACAGAAAAUGGGAAUUAAAAGAAAUCAGCAAACUGAGAAAAAAAAGAGUGCUCACCUGUUGGAGGAGGCUAGAAAACGAGAGGAUGAUCUCAGUGGAGAUUCGGCCCAACUAAAGAAUGUGAUGAAGCAGAAGGAAGAUCGCAUUGAAGAGUUGGAGGAAGCAUUAAGACAGAGCGUUCGGAUCACAGCAGGGACAGAGCAGCAGGGGGAAAAUAGAUCAAACUCAAAAAACAGAGUUGAAUCAGGAGUUGACAGCAAGCAAAACAAACAGAUGGAGGAGAAUGCUGCAAAGGUUGAGGGGCUGACCAAGCAGUUGUCUGACCGAGAGGCCAAGGUCAAGAGGAUGCAGGCGGAGAGAAGAAAACAUAUGGAAGAAGUUUACGAGAUGAAGCAAGAAGCAACCCAGGCAGCCAUAUGUGAAAAAGACGCCAACAUUGCUCUGCUUGAGUUAACUAGUACAAAGAAAAUUAGGCACACAGAGCAGAUGGAAAAACUUAACCAAGAAAAAAGAAAGCUGCAGGAACAGCUUAAAGAAAUUACUCAGAACCGUAUGAGACUGAUGCAGACUGACCCAGAACAUAGCCAUGAGAAAAAGAAGGAAAAAGGAUCCCUGGCUAAAGCCAUGAAAUCAGCACCCCCAGAUCAGUGUGCAAAUCUUGACCUGUCACAGAACAUGGAUAUAUUGGCCCCUGAUUAUUCUAAGAUGGCUGCCCUGAACAAGGUGAUUCGUGUAAUUCGUAAGACAGAGCACAGCAAAAAGCGCUUACAAACUUUGAUUGACCAGUUGGUGGCUGCCUGUUUGGACAUUGACCCACAGUUACUCGAAGGCCUUCCUCGACUGCAGCUUGGCCUCCGCGUCAGUGUCAGCACCCUGAGAUCACUGAGCAGAGAACAGUUGUUAUUUGAGCUCCAUCGAUGUGACACAGAAUGUAAAGGCCUACAGAGUUAUGCCAAUAUCCUGCUUCAGCGCCUUGGGUCCGUCUGUCCAGAAAUAUUUGACUCUUUUCUCAUGCUACUAGAGUCGUCAGAUACUGAAAGUUGUACAAGUGCUUGUGAAUCUGUGUGAUGUACACUUCCUAUAGGGACUUAUGAAUCUUUACCUAGUUACAAAUGUUAUAAUGGGAAUGACCCAUUACAUAGCCUGGCAGUGAUAUGAAGAUAUGGAAUAUGUUGGUUUUCUCUGUGAUUUGUAUAGUUGUAAAUGAAAUUGUUGCUCUGUCUGAGAAACCAUGUCAGUUUUUAUUUGUACUCAGAUAAAGGUUUCAACUCUUCAGAGAAAACCCCCUCACCUUGUAAAAAAAUGCAUGUAGAAGUUAUGACUAGGUGCUCUUCUGUAUGUACAUAUAGAUAUCAUAAAAACCUCACUUGAAGCUACUGAUAUCCAUCGUUAGGAAAAUCCCACCCUUUGUCAGAAGGGGUGUAGCUUGUCUGUGAUUAUCACAUGUUGGUGUACAUUAUUAAAUGUGUAGCAAUUUUAAUCCCAUCGUUUUCUAUUAUAGCAUUGUACAUGAUUUUAAAGAGGACAAAAAAUUUUCUUCAGAAACAUUUUCAUUUUGUAGCGUGCCAUAUUGAUUUAUGCUCUAUAUUUUGUUUCUGUGACUGGGAGUAAAGAUUAUGAAUAUGUGCUCCCCACAUGUUUUCAUGAAUUUACAUGGCACCUCCAUGGAGAGGUAAAGGUGACACAGUAGGUAUCUACUUAUAAACACCCUUUGUAUUCUGGGAAAUACCCUAGUCAUAGUUUUCAACCUGUAUUUAUAUUAAUAUUUUUUUCUGAACAGAGGUUUUAUGAUAGUGCUUUCUUAAAUUUUUGCACAUUUCUGUCAGACACAUCAGAGUUUUAUUCUACUUAGUACUUUUAAGUGUAUUAAGCAGAUUUAUGUGAACAAAAAAUUGUGUAUUUUACUUUUUUGUUCUCCAGAUCAAAGUAAAGCAUGAAAUGUCAAGGUCAUCAGUGUUGGCAGCCAGUGGGUGAGCUACAAAACUAUGCUCCUUAGACAAUUAGGCUACCUCUUUUUGUCCAAAGAAGUGCACAGUCCCAUUUUAUUAUGAAAUUUUGCAUUUUCACCCAAAAGUGAAGGUACUGAUUUCUGUUUUCAUGAUUUUUUUUUUUAAUUUUCUUUUUCUUUAUCAUAGUUGACAACAGUGAUUCGAAACUUGCAUUAUAGUUAAGCAUCAUUUGUACUUUUCACUUUGCUCUUUGUAUUCAUUGUUAUAAAUUUUAUUGGUAGGGUAUUAUUAAAGAGUGAUGUAUUCUUUUGUCCAUGAUGUCAUAUUGGAACUGCCUUUAUAUGUGCUCUUGUAUAAAGAAUAACUGAGUUUUUAAUAUUGAGAAAAAAAAUGAUCUGGUGCAAAUUUUUAAAAAUUGUCUUUGGAAGAAACUCAUGUCAUAUAUAUCAGUAUGGUACAGAAAACCAUGUAAUUUUUAUCAGUACCAGCACUUAGAUAUAUGAUACAUUGUAUUUGUAGAUGGUGUUUAACUUGACCAUGUCCAAUCACUGGGAACAUGUCUCUAGAAUAAUGUUGAGUCUGAGGUAUUAAUUUCCAUCAAGUAGUGUAUUGUUGCUUGAUAUCAGCCUUUGACAUAAGUUGAGACUGGCAAGAUAUAUGUAACUAGAGGACAAUACAGUUCUCAUCUGUGCAAUAAUUAUGAUAUCGUCUAGCCCAUUAUUAUUAUGCUUUUAAAAUAACAGCUGCAUUUUAUGCCAACUGAAGGAGAUGUUUCAAAUCUUGUGAAAGUAUUCCUUUUUCAGCUCUUUUGCUGUUCCACUUUUGUUCAUUUUUCAACAUCUCUUAUCUUGCCACAAAGUAGUUCAAUUUGAACAACAGCAAUUCUUUGUUUAUUUUUUUUGCUAUCAAAGCAACCCAGAUUAAAAAAGGUAAUUAUUAACCCCAGUGGCAUUAAGAUAAAAAGUCAUACAUCACAGGAUGGGCUUCAUGUAGAGGUAGAACAGUAAGGUACUAUAAGACAAUCCCAUGGUUUGGUGUUGUGAAUAGGUAUGAUAUGUAUACUAGGAAAAAGAUGAUUCUUUUUCUUGAUGUUAAUUUUUGUGAACUACAAUCUAAGGAGCUGUGUAGUGUACGCAUGCCAUCAGAAGGAAGCAGCUUUCUUGUUAAUAUUGGAACGGUUGUGGUUUUGUUAUGGCUGUGUGAUGUAUACUAGACAUCAGGUAGAUAAUGGUACAAAUUGUGGUAGAUGUCAGGUGUCUUUUUUUUUUUCUCUUUUUUUUUUUUCAACUAUUAAGUGAUUAUAUGUGAAUAUACAGUGAACAUCACUGGGCCUGAGGUCACGCAUAAUAUACUACAACACAUUCAAGUGUUUAUGCAUUUCGACUGUACAAGUUUUAUCAUUUAAUGUUGUAUUCUAGUAUAUUGCACAAAUUCAAGUGUAAGCAACGUGUAAGGAGUAUUAAAGUUGCUGGACGAUUUCAAAAAUUGCUGGCCAAUAAAGAGGCAUAUUGUGUUCUGAAUUGGGAAUGAAUAUUUAUUUAACAGAGCUGUUUGUCUCAUUUCCAGGUUGGGUUGUCUCUCAUUACAAGAAGUAUGAAUGUAAUGUGUAUCCAUAAAAAUAAAUGAGUUGCAUCAUUAAUAAGUAGCCCUUACUUUGCCUACCCAGUUGUUUGCCUAAGCUGUGGUUUGCAUCAGGAGGUUUAUCAAACACAUGAUGAUGUGGGUUAGUUUUCCCAGAGCACUGUAUGGUUUCUUCCACCCAUUGGCCUGAUAUAUCACUGGAGUAUAGCAGAAAACAUCAAGUGAUUACAGUAAAUACAUAGUGAAUAUGAAAAAGAUUACUAUAUUCCUCUAUCAUUAUUAUUUUAAAUGCAUCAAUUUGUUUAUUUUACUUCUCAAUGGCGUCCCACACAGUUUUUUACAGGUUAUAAUUACAGGUUAUAUAGAUUGUUACUAAAAUGGCGACAGAUAACCGUGAAAUGUGCCCUCAUGGUAGUAACUACUACAAUAUCAACUUAGCUUUUGAGUAUUUUGUGAAAAACUGCCCUGGAAUUAAACCUGAAUUGA